AUGCAUAUGGGAGCGGCGCUGGAAGCUUCACUGUCCAGCCCUUACGUUGGUACGACAGUGACAGGCAUGAACACGCAUGCCACAUCGUGUGGUGGCAAUGGGAAUGAACAGAUCUUCUACAUCGAUGUUCCAUCCGGCUUCACAUUGACAAUCGGCAUGUCCAGCAACGCUUACGACAGCCGCCAUGAGACACGUUGGGGUGGUGCAUGCCCAGGUGCCAACCUUGUGAUGUGCACGGACGAUCCCGAUACCAUGCAGCACGUUUGGAAUAACAACCAAGGAGCAGUGCAGCGAGCAUACUUCAUCAUCGAUGCAUAUUGGAGCGGCGCUGGAAGCUUCACGUUGGUCUGGAGCAUCGAUUCCGCUGGCUUGACGACAACAUGCGCUACUCUGGAACAGUACAACAGCUGCGGCACUACAGAAAUCGCUCGAACCACGUUCACCGACACGACUGCAUGUGAAGAGUUCUGCGGAUCCCAAGGUGCGAGUUGUUGUGAGCGGCAGUAUGAUUCUUGGGCUUACGCCGCAGGGGCUCCUUGGUGCCCUUUUGGGCGCUGCACGGGGGCCCAGGGGGGGCCUCUCGGAGCUUCUUGGGGGCCGUCUCCACAGGACUCUUGCAGCGCAGCCAUAGAUCUGUCCACAGUGUCCAGCCCUUACGUUGGUACGACAGUGACAGGCAUGAACACGCAUGCCACAUCGUGUGGUGGCCAUGGGAAUGAACAGAUCUUCUACAUCGAUGGUCCAUCCGGCUUCACAUUGACAAUCGGCAUGUCCAGCAACGCUUACGACAGUCGCCAUGAGACACGUUGGGGUGGUGCAUGCCCAGGUGCCAACCUUGUGAUGUGCACGGACGAUCCCGAUACCAUGCAGCACGUUUGGAAUAACAACCAAGGAGCAGUGCAGCGAGCAUACUUCAUCAUCGAUGCAUAUUGGAGCGGCGCUGGAAGCUUCACGUUGGUCUGGAGCAUCGAUUCCGCUGGCUUGACGACAACAUGCGCUACUCUGGAACAGUACAACAGCUGCGGCACUACAGAAAUCGCUCGAACCACGUUCACCGACACGACUGCAUGUGAAGAGUUCUGCGGAUCCCAAGGUGCGAGUUGUUGUGAGCGGCAGUAUGAUUCUUGGGCUUGCGCCGCAGGGUGGUAA